AAAGAGUUGCAAGAAAAAAAAUAUAGCAUUUACUUCACUUUGUUCAGACGUUUCUUUAUUCUUCUUCUUCCUUCUUUCUUCAUCUUCUUGAUCGUGUUCAGAAAUCAUAUUCAUCACCUCUCUCUCUCUCUCUCUCUCCCUCUCUCUCUCUUAUCUCUCUCUCUUAUCUCUCUCUCUACAUUUUGGAUUCUUUAUAACAUGUGAGAUCGAUCUCUUUAUUUUUGAUCAAAGACGAGUUAGAAGAAGAAGAAGAAGAAGAAGAAGAAGCAAAGAAUCUUGUUAAAAGAAUAUGAUGAAGAUGAAGACAGGAUCGUCGCCGACGUCCGUAAGCGGAGGCGGUGGCGGUGGAAGUAGUGGUAAUGAGUGGGAGUACCGACCUGGAGGAAUGGUUGUUCAACGUCGGACGGAUCAGAACUCCGAAUUGCCACGUGUCAUUCGUGUCCGGGUCAAAUACGCGUCGGUUUAUCACGAGAUCAACAUCAAUUCCCAAUCUACCUUUGGAGAGUUGAAGAAGAUGUUGUCUGACCAGGUGGGACUUCACCACGAAGACAUGAAGGUUUUGUACAAAGACAAAGAGAGAGACUCGAAGAUGUUUCUUGAUCUUUGCGGAGUUAAAGAUCGUUCAAAGCUUGUUGUUAAAGAAGAUCCAAUUUCUCAGGAGAAACGUCUCCUUGAGAAAAGGAAAAACGCCGCCAUUGAAAAAGCUUCUAAAUCCAUCUCUGAUAUUAGUUUAGAAGUCGACAGGCUCGCCGGACAGGUGUCGGCGUUUGAGACAGUGAUUAAUAAAGGAGGGAAGGUUGAGGAGAAGAGUCUUGUGAAUCUGAUAGAGAUGUUAAUGAAUCAGUUGUUGAGACUUGAUGCAAUAAUGGGUGAUGGAGAUGUGAAAUUGAAGAGAAAGAUGCAGGUGCAAAGGGUUCAGAAGUAUGUUGAGGCACUUGACGUAUUGAAAGUCAAAAACUCUGCCAAAAAAGUUGAGAUCAAUAAGUCGGUCCGUCACAAACCGCAAAAGCAAACGCAAACGCAAUUUAAGCAACGCGAUUUGCUAUCGUUUGUGGAUGAAGAGGAAGAGGAGGAGCCUAGGAAUUCCAAUUCCUCCUCAUCAAGUACUCCGGGGAUUGGAACUAACAAAUGGGAGAUGUUUGAUUCCGCAUCAGCGGCAAAGGCGGCUGAAACGGUUAAACCGGUCCCUCCAAGAUACAAAUGGGAAUUCUUCGAUUAAAGCUAAAAUCACACCAUACAUACACACGAUUAAUAUGUUUUUUUACUUUUUAAUUACUUUUAAAAUCCGAUUUCAUAUUGUGAUUUGUUUUGUUUUUCAUCUCAAUUGGAUUGGGGUGUGUAUGAUUUGUGAUUUGAUACUGGCUAUUUUUUUUGAGGCUUUGUUUAGAAUAUCUUUUGUUUGGUCUCCCCCUUUAAGUCAAUUCACAAAUAACAAGGGAGUUUCAAACAAUUACUAUCAUUGUAAUACCUAAAGAUUUGGAUUUUCUUUACUAUUACAAUAAAAAAUGAUGCAACAGUUAUUUUA